AUGAUCGGUGUUGCUAGUGUCGCUGGAAUAAUUUCCCGGAACGAUAGAUAUUCAUCUAUCGGAGGUAUACAAUUUAUAAAUCCUUUUUUGUCAAGUCAAAAUAAUAAAAGAAAUACGAAUAAAGACAACCAAGCUAUUGCGUCUGGAUAUAUUGAAAUGCGUCCUGGUUCUGUAACAGCGUCUUCAAGUACAAGUAUUGAUAAUGGUUCACAUAAACAAACUCCUUGGUCAACGUUUAACCCAAUGCCAUGGCCUAUAAACCCUUACAUACAUGCAAGAGACCUAGCCAGACAGCGAAAUAUUGAGGAAUGGCUGCAUAGAGAUAUAUUUGAAAACCUGGCGCCGAAUAUGCAAAUGAAUAAUGGCUGGAUGUACCCGACAUUCGAUCCUUUUAUUAACUACUGA